AUGCCUGCCGGUGGAGUCCCUUUCCCCUCUCGCCAGCGUCCUGAUCCUGAGCUGACAGGUUCUAGUCUGCGGAAGCGAAAAUGCAAUAUCGCGGUAAACGGCGAGGGCUGUACAUCCUGCACAGUCAGGGGACUCGAGUGCUCUCGCAAGAACUUGCCCUUGCUCGCAGCAUCCGAGCCCAAACGGAGUUUGCGAGCUCAUUCCCCAGCGCUAAACGGCCCUGUCGCGACUGGCCAAGAGACUACAAGUGGGCUUCCGCCAAAGCCCAUCUGUAUUGAGCUUACUCGGCUGUACUUCGACGUUAUUCACGACAAGUUCCAUUCUUUGUUCCACCAACCGAGCAUGAUCCAGGAUGUGCUGGACAACCGAGCGCCAGUUGUCCUUCUCUACGGAAUGAUGACCCUAUCCGCAAGGUUUUCAAAAAACCCUUUCUUUCAAGACUCCGACGCUCGUGAAAGGGGCCGGCAAUAUAGCACUAAGUGCAGACAAUUUUUAGACCUCGACGAUGUCUCCUUGAUCACAGUGCAAGCAUGCGUUUUGCUCGGCGCAGCGGCUGUGGCCGAAGGGAAGCCGGGGGUAGAGUCAGUCUACUAUGCGGCCGCCUGUCGGAUCGCGCAGCUCCUCGACCUACCCAAUCGGGUCACAGUGACUCCUCUUGAGAAGGAAAUCAACCUACGUGUUUGGUGGACGCUGUGCCUAACUGAUGUCUGGUCAUCGACCGGCGUGGGUCUUCCUCGACUUAUGGCACAUCGAGAUGAUGUCCCUUUACCGAUGGACGAAAGAGUAUUCCUUCGAUUGAAACAGGAAGACACAAAUCCGGCCAAGAUCUCGCCUCGUCCAGAGGCAUCUUUGAUUGCGCAAAUGAUUAAAUUGAACAAAAUCUUGGCCGAGAUCUACGCAAUCAAUAGCAUGGCAGUGAUUGGACAAGCAGAUGGUGCCGCGCUAGAAACUGAUGUUAGGAACGCAUCUUAUCAUCUGGAUGAAUGGCAAGCUGCUCUGCCCGACUAUAUGCGGGAUACACCGGCGAAUAUGGUCCGGUACGCUUCCGAAGGGCUCGGCCGAACGUUUGUCGCUCUGCAUAUCGGAUACUACCAUUACGGACAGCUUCUCUUCUAUCGGUUUCUCCAACAGGACUGCCAUACAUCAGUGCCGAGUACUCAUUUUUAUGCAAACAAGUGCAAGUCCUAUGCUGCCCAUCUCUGUGAGCUCCUCUACGCUGCCAAUGCCAACCCGGACUGUGAGGUGCUUUACAGCAUGGUUGGCCACAUUCUGGUGGUCUCGUCUACUGUCCAACUGUAUAUUCUGCUCUUCGGCGUCGAUGACGACGAGAUCAAGAUUGCACGGGCACGGCUGGAACGCAAUUUCGAGAUCCUACAGCAUCUUCGAACCUUCUGGCCCACGUUAGAUAUGUCUCUCAUUAGGCUUCGAGCGUUUCACCAGGCCUGCCGGGUCUCCAUGAACACCUCGUUCCGGUUGGAUCAAUGGAUGCUACGAUUUCUGUCCGAGUUCGCCCAGCCAGUUGAUGACAAAUUCUCGGAGGCCGCCGACCCCAGCUCUUUGAGAUUGAGGAACAUCGGUGCAAUCCCGUCGGAUCUUCGAGAUUUUCUCCGUUGA